AUGAUGGGUGUUAGAGAACUCGAGAACCGUUUCGUCACAACCUUGAAGAACUGCGUGAAAAUAACGGAACUGAAAAAGAUUCAUUGCCACAUCGUGAAGCUCUCACUGUCACAAAGCAACUUUUUGGCUACCAAGAUGGUGGAUUUAUGCGACAACUUGGGCCACGUAGGUUAUGCGACCUUGUUGUUCCAACAACUAGUUGACCCGAACGUGUUUGCUUACAACGCGAUAAUCAGAACCUACACCCAUAACCACAAGCAUUCCCUAGCAAUCACUCUGUUCAUCCAAAUGCUUAGAAAUCCAACGAAAUCAGCUUUUCCAGACAGAUUCACGUUCCCGUUUGUGAUAAAAUCGUGUUCGGGUCUUCUGUGUAAUUGUUUUGGGCAGCAAGUUCAUGCUCUAGUUUGCAAAUUUGGGCGAAAAUCGCAUGCAAUAACUGAGAAUGCACUAAUUGAUAUGUAUACAAAAUGUGGUGUUUUGAGCAAUGCAUACAAAGUCUUUGAGCAAAUGACUGAGAGAGACGCAGUUUCUUGGAAUAGUUUAAUGUUUGGGUACGUGCAAUUGGGGCAGAUGAAGAGUGCAAGGGCACUGUUUGAUAAAAUGCCUUCUAGGACUAUCGUUUCUUGGACUAAUAUGAUAAGUGGGUAUGCUAGAACUGGGUGUUAUGUUGAUGCAUUGGACAUUUUUCGUGAGAUGCAAAUGGUGGGUGUUGAACCCGAUGAGAUCAGUGUUAUGUCUGUUUUGCCAGCGUGUGCACAGCUUGGGGCUCUUAAGAUGGGAAAAUGGAUUCACAUGUAUUCGGAUAAAAAUGGGUUUAUGAAGAAGACUGGUAUAUGUAAUGCACUGGUUGAAAUGUAUGCCAAGUGUGGUUGCAUCGAUGAAGCUUUGCGCUUGUUUGAUCGGUUGGUUGAGAAGGAUGUGAUUUCAUGGAGUACCAUGAUUGGAGGACUGGCAAAUCAUGGAAAAGGUUAUGAAGCAAUUCAACUCUUUCAAGUCAUGCAGAGAGUAGGAGUCGCUCCUAAUGGGAUAACCUUUCUUGGUGUUUUGUCAGCUUGUGCUCAUACAGGGUUAUGGAAUGAGGGAUUGAAGUAUUUUGAUGUGAUGAGGCUGGAUUAUCAUAUAGAGCCACAGAUUGAGCACUAUGGUUGCCUAGUUGAUCUUCUAGGACGGUUGGGACGCCUUGAUCAGGCUCUUGAAACAAUACUGAAGAUGCCACUAAAACCAGAUUCGAGGAUAUGGAACUCUUUGCUGAGCUCUUGCAGGAUUCAUCGUAAUCUUGAGGUUGCUAUCGUUGCAAUGGAACAGCUUUCGGAGCUUGAGCCUGAGGAAUCUGGGAACUAUGUCUUGCUUGCUAACAUAUAUGCAGAACUUGGCAAGUGGGAAGGUGUAUCAAAUAUUAGGAAACUCAUAAGAAGCAAGAGGAUAAAGAAAACCCCCGGUAGUAGCUUGAUUGAGGUUGACAACGUUGUUCAAGAAUUUGUAUCAGGUGACGAUUCAAAGGCGUUCUCGCAAAAUGUCUUUAGGAUACUAGAAGGUUUGGCUUUACACCAAAGUAGAACCAAUGACUUGAUAGAAUUUGUCGACGAAGAUGCAGGUCAAGUUUAUAGUUAA